AUGCCUCUUUGUCCUGUGGGACUACUUUCUGAAGCUUGCGGUUUGACGCCUUUCUCGUCGUCUUCCUCCCCGCUUUCCUCGUUGUCUUCAUCUCCGCACUCCUCUCCGUCUUCUACGCCGCCCUCGUCGUCGUCUUCCUCUCCGCUCUCCUCUCCACCGUUCACCCCGCCUUCCUCACCGCCUUCCUCACCGCCUUCCUCACCGCCUUCCUCACCGCCUUCCUCAUUGUCGUCUUCGCCGAACACCCAGAUUGCGCGUGAAAAUAGCUCUCUGCCAAAGCACGAUAACAGCACUAGUGAACCAAGGUCCUCACUCAUCCCGGAUGAAACGGUCUCGAACCAAAGUGCGCGGGUUAUCACAUCUGAAGGUCGUGACGAGGAGCCAGCAGAAGCAGUGGAUCCCGUACAGCAUCCAUUGCACGCGUCCGUGCUCCCCUCGUAUCAUUAUCCCAAAGCUUCGUCGCGAUCGUCAGACUCAAUCUUGUCUCAUCGCGACGCAGUGAAUGACGCAAAUGUCCAUGGUAUACCAGACGAUGUCCCCAGGGUUCUGAAAAGUCAAACCCCUGGCCUUGCGAGCACGUCGGCCUCGAAUCUCGGUACAGUUCUCGGAAAACGUGCGCGACCCGAACAUCAACACCGUCAGCAGUCUACAGAAGGCACACUACGCUCCCCCAAUUCAUCGGGUGGCGAAGAUCGGCUCUCGAAAAGAGACUGCACGAUUGCUCGAGUCGGGACCGAGCGCGGCAGGGACGGGGUCGACCGGAAAGUGUACUUUAACGGCGAAGACGUCAAACUGGAGAUCCUCGUUGUUGACGUCCAUGUCGACAAGGAUGCUUAUCUCGAGUAUGCGGAGGCUGUCCCCUUCGAUAGUCUACGAUGGCGUUGCGUCUAUGAACAGGCAAAGGACGACCACCACAGUCCGUGUCGUUUCACGUCUAAGAAACAUCUCGUAAAGCGCCACAUCGAGGCCAUGCACAUGAACAUCAGGUAUGCAUUCCCUAUCGAUAACACUACCGCCGCUGAGCCAUUGGUAGACGCUUUGAGUGUAGUUGGUGCGGCAACAGAUUCACCCAACGCAGCAAUGGAGUGA